CGGACAUAAAAAACGGGGCGAGGAGGGUGGGGCCGGGAACCGUCGUGGGGAGCCCAGCGAACGCACCUGCGAGGCGAAUCCUCUGGGCGAGGAGUUUGCGUCCUCUGGGUGUAGCGUCUGCAACUUACGCCUCCAGGUCGCGCGUUCGAGGCCAGCGUCUCCGCGUUGCGCGUUCACACCCCGGAGCGCGAUAAUGUUCCGCAAAGUGAAAGUCUUCUCCGUGCAGCUGGAUUGCGAGGCCAUGGGCGCUGAGCCCGUGUUCAGCAGCGGCCAGAUGGUGACGGGACGAGUGCUGCUGGAGCUGGCGGACUCGGCGCGGGUGGAGGCGCUGAAGCUGUGGGCGCGGGGCCGUGCCCUCGUGCACUGGACUGAGUCGUCGGCCGUCGGUUCGAGCCCUGACAACCGGGAGACCUAUUGGGAGCGCUUGGAGAUCAUGAAUCUCUGCUUCACGUUACUGGGAGCAGACACCAGCAAGAUCACGCUGUCCCCUGGUCACCAUGAGUUCCGGUUCAGCUUUCAGCUGCCCCUGCACCACAGGUGGGAGCCCAGGAAAAGAUGUCUCGGUCCUUGUUCAGUAACCGCGGCCCCAUCUCCCUCUCAGUCCAGAUCGAUCGCAAAGGUUACUGCCCAGGAGAAGCCAUCCGGAUCUCCGCUGAGAUCUUCAACGGCUCCACAGAGCCUGUGUUCCCUCGGGCCAAGGUGA